AUGGAGAGCUCUGCCAAGAUGGAGAGCGGCGGCGCAGGCCCGCAGCCCUUCCUGCCGCCCGCAGCCUGCUUCUUUGCCACGGCCGCGGCGGCGGCGGCGGCGGCGGCGGCGGCGGCGGCGCAGAGCACGCAGCAGCCGCCGCCGCCGCCGCCGCAGGCACCGCAGCUGAGCCCCGCGGCCGACGGCCAGCCCUCAGGGGGCGGUCACAAGUCAGCGCCCAAGCAAGUCAAGCGACAGCGCUCGUCCUCGCCCGAACUGAUGCGCUGCAAACGCCGGCUCAACUUCAGCGGCUUCGGCUACAGCCUGCCGCAGCAGCAGCCGGCCGCCGUGGCGCGCCGCAACGAGCGCGAGCGCAACCGCGUCAAGCUGGUCAACCUGGGCUUCGCCACCCUUCGGGAGCACGUCCCCAACGGCGCGGCCAACAAGAAGAUGAGCAAGGUGGAGACGCUGCGCUCCGCCGUCGAGUACAUCCGCGCGCUGCAGCAGCUGCUGGACGAGCACGACGCGGUGAGCGCCGCCUUCCAGGCGGGCGUCCUGUCACCCACCAUCUCCCCCAACUACUCCAACGACAUGAACUCCAUGGCCGGGUCGCCGGUCUCAUCCUACUCGUCGGACGAGGGCUCCUACGACCCUCUCAGCCCCGAGGAGCAAGAGCUGCUCGACUUCACCAACUGGUUCUGA